AGAAUCCUAGGAAGGUUACGUGCAACAGUGUCCGGACGCGUAGAAUUGCACGAGCUCUCGUGGGAAAUUGAAGACACGUUAAAUAUAGAUCACACGUAAAUUAUUUAUAAACUUAAAAAAUGCCAGAUAUAAAAAUUACACCACUUGGCGCUGGACAAGACGUUGGUCGCAGCUGCAUUCUUGUUUCGAUGGGCGGUAAAAACAUCAUGCUCGAUUGUGGAAUGCAUAUGGGUUUCAACGAUGAGAGACGCUUCCCGGAUUUUUCGUACAUAGUUCCCGAAGGACCCGCAACCAAUUAUAUAGACUGCGUCAUUAUUUCUCAUUUUCAUCUGGAUCAUUGCGGCGCUCUUCCUUAUUUCACAGAAAUGGUAGGCUAUACCGGGCCAAUUUACAUGACGCAUCCGACCAAAGCAAUAGCGCCAAUCCUGCUUGAAGAUAUGCGAAAAGUUGCGGUUGAGCGUAAAGGAGAGAGCAAUUUUUUCACAUCACAAAUGAUAAAAGAUUGCAUGAAGAAGGUUAUCGCUGUCACGCUUCAUCAGUCCAUUAUGGUCGAUCCAGAAUUGGAGAUAAAAGCUUAUUAUGCCGGUCAUGUGCUCGGAGCGGCGAUUUUUUGGGUUCGCGUGGGAUCACAGUCUAUCGUGUAUACCGGAGAUUAUAACAUGACGCCAGAUCGUCACUUGGGUGCCGCAUGGAUAGACAAAUGCAGACCAGAUUUAUUAAUAUCAGAGUCAACAUACGCGACCACCAUUAGAGAUUCGAAAAGAUGCAGAGAAAGAGAUUUUCUCAAAAAAGUACACGAAUGCAUCGACCGAGGUGGAAAAGUAUUGAUUCCCGUGUUCGCGCUUGGUCGAGCUCAGGAAUUGUGUAUACUCUUGGAAACAUAUUGGGAAAGAAUGAACUUGAAAGUGCCCGUUUACUUUGCGCUCGGUCUGACCGAGAAAGCCAACAAUUAUUACAAAAUGUUCAUUACGUGGACGAAUCAGAAGAUCAAGAAGACGUUUGUGCAACGAAAUAUGUUCGACUUCAAGCAUAUAAAACCGUUUGACAAAGCGUACAUCGAUAAUCCAGGUGCGAUGGUGGUGUUCGCUACGCCUGGCAUGUUGCACGCCGGUCUCUCCUUGCAGAUUUUCAAGAAAUGGGCGCCUAACGAGGCCAACAUGGUCAUCAUGCCGGGUUUUUGUGUGCAGGGCACCGUGGGACACAAGGUUCUGAAUGGAACGCGAAAAAUCGAGUUUGAGAAUCGUCAGAUUGUGGAGGUGAAAAUGGCCGUGGAAUACAUGUCAUUUUCCGCUCAUGCCGACGCAAAAGGAAUAAUGCAAUUGAUACAGUACUGCGAGCCGAAGAACGUUAUGCUGGUACACGGAGAGUUUGCUAAAAUGGAAUACCUGAAAGAAAAGAUCAAACAAGAAUUCGGUGUCAACUGUUAUAACCCCGCGAACGGCGAAACUUGUAUCAUAACAACCACCUCCAAAGUACCCGUGGACGCUUCUUUGGCGUUACUGAAGGCCGAGGCGAAGAGGUACUCGAUCUUACCACCGGAUCCGAAGAGACGGAGACUGCUUCACAGUGUUUUAAUGUUGAGAGAGGACGGUGUCUGUCUCAUGGACGCCGAUGAGAUUACAAAGGCUGCGGGUAUCACGAAACACGUGGUGAGAUUCACAUCUACCUUGCAUGUGCGGGAUUCUGGUCCGGCACAUGCCACAACAUUGAAAUUAUUGCAACCACUAAAAGAAAGAUUGUCAGGAUGGACAGUUCAAUUGACGGACGGUUCUAUAUCGGUCGAAUCUGUUUUGGUCAAAGUGGAAGGAGAUGAGGACGAACAAAAGAGUGUUUAUGUUUCGUGGACUAAUCAAGAUGAGGAUCUGGGUAGUUAUGUCCUUGGAUUUUUGCAAACGAUGUUAAAUUGAGAAACUAAAAGAACAUCAUGCAACUUUUUCUCUAUCUGUGAUACUAUAAGAUAUAUAUUUUGUCAUUAUAGAAUGAACACUUGUGUAGUUCGACUUUGUAUUAAUAUCAAAAGUGUAUACCUAUAGCCAAAGUAAUUUUUCAUCGUUAGAAGACAUUUCAUUUUGUGUAUUUAUUUAGAAUUUACACUUCAAUAAAAUAUAAAUGGAUUUUUAUAUAAAUUUUUCUUAGGCUACAAUUAUUUUCCAUGAAAGAAGAGAGAAAAAGUAAGACAGGAACUUUGUGUGUGUGCGUGUGUGUAAAGAAUCACUUGCUAUUAUCAAUAAAUAAAUGAGAUAUUAAAACUAUAAUAAUCGAGAAUGUUCGAGAUUUCAUAAUAUUUAGAACGUCAAGAAAGUAAAACAGUAAACUUUUAUUAACUAUGAAUUAUGUUUUCUAGUUACAAAACGAUAAAUAAGUACGCGGUGUACUAAACGUACACCUUUUACAAAAAAUCAGUACAGCAAUUCUAUUUCUUUGCUUAAUUGAUCGAUUGCACAAACAAACAAAGAAUUGAGUGUUGAAUUGAUCCACUAAUAUAUUGUUUAAACGCUCAUGCAAGUGUUUACAGAAAAUCAUUUCCGGCUCCUAAAAUAUUAGCUACUACACUUUAACAACAAUACAGAAUGCUCCGGUUUACCCGAUGAACAGAGAGAUUAAUUGAAUAUAUAAACGUAGAGAUUAAUUAAAUGUAUAAACAUAAACAGUUGCAAGCAUAACUCUUUUAAAUGCCUCUAAAAUUGUUCAGUAAUUUGAACUCGUUAAACAGUUUUCAUUACUUGAGAAUAAAAGUCUAUGUGUAUGAGCUAUGUGAAAAUUAUCUGUCUUGUAUACGUACGCAAUAUAUAUAUAUAUAUCUGCCUAGUUUCAGUACAACCGAUGGGCGCAAUUAAUUUCAAUUUGCUUGAUUUGUUUUCUCUUCUUUUUUUUUUUCUUUUUUUUUCUUUUUUUUUUUGUAUAAGACUGGCUCGUUCACAUAUAUUCUCAUCUUACUUAAUUAUUGCACAUGAAAAUCGAUUAACAAAUUUGAACUUGUGUACAAUUGGAAUUAACAAUACGAAGAUUAUUUCCUAGCUGGUAUAUAAAUCUCGUGUAUCAUGUUCAUUCACUGUCAAUAACGAAAUGCUCUAUAUAUAUAUAAUGAAUAUACAUAAAUAUAAAAUAUACAAAUAUAUAUUGUAUAUUUAUAUAUAUUUUUA